UCCCAGCAAGCACCGCGCCCCGGGAAUUGUGGAGGGCGGAGCGGCAACAUGGCGGCGCCGGGAGCUGGCGAUCCUGUGGAUUCUAAGAGUGGAAAGGCCCCCGUGGCUCAGCGCAUCGACCCGACUCGGGAGAAACUGACUCCUGAGCAACUGCAAUUCAUGCGGCAGGUGCAGCUCGCCCAGUGGCAGAAGACGCUGCCACAGCGGCGGACCCGGAACAUCGUGACCGGCCUGGGCAUCGGGGCGCUCGUGUUGGCAAUUUAUGGUUACACCUUCUACUCGGUGUCCCAGGAGCGUUUCUUGGAUGAGCUGGAGGAUGAGGCCAAAGCUGCUCGAGCCCGAGCUCUGGAAAGGGCAUCAGGACACUGAUCCACAUGGGCAUGGUGCGUCUCCAACCUGCUGGAGCCCCUUCACACGAUGACUGAUACCCCGUGACUCGGUAGAAGUUGAAGCCUGCUCACAGCGUUGCUGGCCUUCUUACCAGUUUUGAACGAUGGUAGAGCCCAAGUAGCCACGGAUUGUGCAUUUGGCCAUUGUCAAGGGAACGUGCCCACCUUCCAGUGUGUGUGGACACUGACUCCUAGUUUGUUUCCUUGUUUGAGGUGUCCGACCUUGACCUUGACUUUUCCCAGUUUUUUUCACUUUGUUGUUUAACCCCUUCUCCUCCCAGGUGCUGGCAGGGAGGUCAGAGUAGAAGAGGUGGGCUCUUAUGGGGGUGGGUGUGGCAGCUCUGCAAUGUUGGAGCCUAAGGUGGAAGAUGGGGUCAGGUUGAGAAUAAUAAACUGAGUCAUCUCUCUGA